AUGAUGCGCGUGGCUGUUGCCGGGGGCGGUGGCCUGGGGUACCUGCUGGCUACCAGCAUCUCGCAUGCGGAUAAUGCAUACAAUGUCAUUGUCCUUUCCAGAACGCAACGGGCCGAGUACGUGGCGCACGACAUUCAGGUGCACCCCGUCAACUACUACAGCCACGAGAGCCUCAACUACGCGCUGCGGGGCGUGGACCUGGUCAUUUCGACGAUAUCGGGCCCGGAGCAGAUCAACCUGAUCCUGGCCGCCGGCGACGGCCAGGUGCGGUACUUUAUCCCUUCCGAGUUCGAGGGUCCCCUCGCACAACGACCGACACAGGAUGUCAUGGAUCGAGGCUCCGCUCAGGCUCUCGCCAUGCUGCAACAUCUGCAGAGCAAGAAGCGUCUGAACUAUACCGUCUUCUCGUGCGGCGUCUUUAUGGAACGGUUCCUGCCUCAUGGGCUUGCCACACUCAACAUUGGGUACGGCGAGGGUGUUGCUGGUGCUGGCAGUUACCUCUGCGACAUGGCCAGCAUGACAGCCGAGUACCCCGUGAGUACCCAGAGGGGCCGCACGUUCCGCCUCUGUCUGACGUCGGUGCAUGACCUUGUCUGCUUCGUCAUUGCUGCCAUGGAGUUGGGCCCGAGAACGUGGCCUCGGGAGUUCACGAUGCGGGGCGAUCGUCUUUCGGUGCCGGAUGUGACCAUGACAUGCAGCAGUGUCCGCAACGCGGCCUUUACGCACCAUCCCCUGGAGUACUCCGACCUGCUGCUGUACCAGGCCCACUACGCAGAGGAGGGCGACUACGAGAGGACGGGAUACUACCAGCGUCUGCUAGCUACGGCAGAGGCGAGAUACGACUUCUCACAGGCGUCGCUUAAUGAGAUUGUGACUCGCAGCUCGUCUGUUCAUGUGUACCCUGCAACAUUCGCGCAAUGGCUGGCCAGCGUGUGGCAGACGCCUCAUGAAAGCGGCUCACUGUGA